AUGCGCCAUCCCGAGAGUCCCAAUCACUACUAUGCCAACCGCGCCUUCUCAAAUCCCACAGCGUGCACUGCGACGACCGCCCUCACUGCAGAUGUUCAGUACCACCGUGCCCCACCGCUGUCGGUCACCACCAUCUCCAUCAUCCCUGCCAUAACCUCCGCGGCGGCGGCGACUAAGGCGACCAGCACAGUUUCCAAUCCAAUCACCGAACAAAACUCUUCCGACGGCCCGCCCACCGCCACCAGCUUCCCCAUUAACACCACCAUUUUCGUUCUUGACAGUAGGUGGGAAAAACCUUGCCGACUGGUGGUCUUAGUCUGGCUGCGAUAGGCCCUUCUCGUCGUAGCCUCUGGUACUGUAAUGCAUGGGAGAUCCAUGCCAUGUGGCACAGAGACUGACUUACGAAUCCUGGAGCACCGGCAUGCAUCAGGCAUCAUCGCCUUGAUUGCUCGCACUAUCCUCACACAUUCAACCACCACAUGAGCCCAUUAGGCCACAUGUGGCUUCCUGAAGACCUAUGGUAGGAGAUUUAUGUUUAAACCACACCAUGACAUCUCUUCUCAUCAGCGUCCACAAUACACGUGACCACCCCCAACGCCGUACAACACAAGCUUGUGAUUAAAACUUGUCGUAUAUGUGUGAAGUUUGUUCCUUAUCCCCUUCUCUGUGUGGCUCGUUUGCCGCACUUGUAGUCCGGGCCUGACGUUACCACGGUAAGCUGAGUGCAGUGGCUUAGAAUGUUGCCAACUGACGAUCGAACUCGGACUUGGCACUCAGCAUAAUAAGUGUUUGUUCGGAGCUCAGUACAGUUUAAUUAAUAGGAAGUUAGGCGAGCUUCCAUUUCGGCUUUAAAAAUAACGGUCAGUUUGGCUUCCUAGUUGGCUGCUCCAAACUUUAUUGUUUUAUGUCACUUCGGUCGAUUCUCUUGUGGCUACAGCGCAGUAACAGUUGUUUCAGCAUGGGACAGAUGCUGAGGUAAACAAGGUAAACAAGGAUACCUUGACGUAAGUCUUUUUACAGUAGCAGGGUGAUUAGGAUGUUAAACACCCUUCCUGCUGGUGUUGUAUUGUCUUCCUGUGUGAAUUCAUUUAAGUGUAGACUCGAUGCGCAUCAAGCUUCCCAAUUACCAGCCAAGCGCACAGCCUCAUAACCAAUCGUCGAACUUACAUACGUCUAUGUUACUUGCAGUAAGCGAGUAGACGUUUGUGUACACGGUCUUUGAAAAACGGAAAGCUGUUUGCGUUCCGCGUGCAAUUAUGUUAACAAUACCUUCUUCAGUUUUUCGCUUUCUAGUGCCUUUUCCCAGACUAUUUGCAACCGACGGAGAGUUCAAAAGCGUUCGCCUAACUUCCUAUAAAUUACACUGAACUGAGCUCCGAACAAACACUCACCAGGCUGACUGCCAAGUCCGAGUUCGAUCGUCAGUUGGCAACAUUGUAAGCCAAUUCACUCAGCGCACCGUGGUAAAGUCAGGCCCGGAUUACAAGUGUGGCAAUUGAGCUACAUGGAGAAGGUGCCAAAGAACACACUUCACACCUAUACGACAAGUGUGUUGUACGGCGUUGGGGUGGUCACGUGCAUUGUAGGUGCUGAUGAAAAGAGAUGUGAGAGUGCUAUGACAGGGAUGAUAGAGAUGGUGGUGACCGACGACGGUUGGGUACAGGGGUGCUGAGCAUUGGCAGAGAGGGCGGUCAUCGUAGUGGACCCUGUGGGAUUUGAGAAGGCGCGGUUGGAGAGGUAGUAAUUGGGACUCUCGGGAAGGUGCAUUGCAUUCUAAGAAGUUCGACGGAACCAAUCCGCGCACGGAAUGUUCGUUGACAACGCGGGCAUGUUCAAAGCAGUUAAGGGCUGACGUUGUGGGUCUGGGACGCCUGAGACUUGCGAGCAUCCCUUUCGGCUUUGACAAUGACGGUUUGUUUGGCUUCCUAGUUGGUUGCUCCAGCCUAUAUUGUUCUAUUGCACGUCGGUCGAUUCUUUUGUGGCUACAUCGCAUGUGAAGUUGUUUCAGCAUGGUACAGAUCCUGAGGAUUCCAGUACGUUCCAGAACUUCUUUAUCCGCCACCCUUUACUACCACCUCAGCAUUUGUAUCCAGCAGAAACAACUAAGGUGAAAUUGAUCGCGUUUCCGCAGUGGUUUUACGAAGAUUGUCCAGAUCUUCAAGCUAGGCAGACGAAUUUAUACAUCUUCGGUUUGGUGUUCAGCUGCAGACCGUAGCAAAUUCAUGUGGGGUUCUGAAGCCGGCCAAGUGCCCGGUUGGCUUUGGCGAUUCGUCCUCGAUUUUGAUGUAGCGUGAGGAUGGGCUGCCUAAGCAGGCGAAGUCGUCCAUGGUCUUCAGUCGGAUACCGUUGAGGUGGAUGUGAGGAUCACUGUAUGCAGCGUUGGGUGACGACCGAUGCAUAACCACCAUCUCGUCAAUGUUAAUGGUCAUCUCGAAUUUGGCGCAACCGAAGAUAAACGGUUCCAUCCUCCGUUAAAUUUAAGCUUCUGUGUCGGUGUUGAGUCCGCAGUCGUCAUCGAAAAGUUGGUCGUGGACUGUAGUCCUAAAGAGACACGUUGAGACCAGUAUGUGCAGGUUGUUGAAAAGAUGGCCAUUAGUCCUGUAGACAGUGUGGCUUCCGGGACGCUCAUUACCUUAGACGUUCUUCAGUAUGGUAGAAAACUUGAGGCUGAAGAUGCUUGUGGGGAAGCAAGCUAAUUAGCAGCACUCCAGUAAUUACUGCAGAUGCUUCUGUGACGGUACCCUUGUCCGCGACGCGAGCCAUAAUCCCCUCAUAGAGCUGACGUACUAACGCUUGAUCGUUCUAUACGGGCGAUUUUCUGCCAGAUUUUGUAUAUUGCAUCGCGAUUUACCUUCUUGAAGGCUUUCAUUAAGUGCCAGAAUAUAGUGUGGAAGUGUGUCAGCGUUUUUUGGCACCUCCUUGCAGCUGGUGGAUGGCCAAAGCAUGUCGGUGGUUCCGCAGCGUCGUUAGGAUCAACAAUUACAUUCGGGAUGUAGUGUUUGCUUGCGAUGGCCGUUCAGGCGGCCGAGAAUUCUGCGAGCGAACAUCUUCCAAACGAUUUUGAACAGCGAUUGCCUGUGUGGUUAACAGAGAAUCGCGGUUUCUUUUCCGUUUGUGGAAAUGAACUGUUGUCACAUCGUAUAAAUACUGAAAUAUGGAGGCACAUCUCCUGAAAUAUCGUUGUAAGUUGCUCCAGGAACAGAUGAUCUCUGUGCUUGCUGAAUUCUUUCGGAAACCAGUCGGAUCUCACUGCCUUUCUGCUGGAGAAAUGGUUCACGGCGCCAAACGGUUUUGGAAGAGGAGAUGGCAUAUCCUUUUCGCCGUUUGUUUCCUAUUGAGGAAGUCGGUCGAUGGCAGCGUCGUAGAUUAUAUAUGGUCUGUCAAGGACACAUCUUAACAGCUUGGCCCUGCGUUUUAGAAUUUGUGUUUUCUCCGGUAGAAAUAUGGUUCCACAGGAUCUGAGAAACAGUCUGGCCCCUUGACAGUGGAGCUGCAGACCGCGUUCAGUAAUGUGGAGUUCUUGUUUUAUUUGCGGUUGGUGCACACCCUCAUUUGCUGGAAGUUGCGAGUCAUCCAGGCGUUUCGCAUCUCCCUCAGUCGCUGCUGCGUGAGACGGUGAUAGCGAAAGAUGGUCGAUUUGUUGGCUUCGGUCGGCUGAUUCAUCUAGGCGUUGUGUAGCCUGUGGUUUUCAUUGACCAGUUGGCCGAUGUCUGCAUCGUUGUCGCCGAACCAGUCCUAGUACUGACAAGUGGCGCUUCUGACAGCAUCCCCGGCAGUCGAGUAAAUAGCAUUACGCAGUUCACACCGUCGUGUCAACGAUGUGGCGUCGUUGAUCGAGGUCGGCAGUUCUUUCACGUUCUGGGUUAAAGGAUUAAUGGAUUGUGAGCGUUCGACGGAGACAUUAAACAAACAAAAGUUAACCUACCUGUUGAUCACUCACCUCGCAGACAGAGUCACACUGUGAAGACGACGAGAUGGUGAUCGGUCCACCCACUGGCGUCGUAGAUAACUUUAGUCACCUUCACGUCCUGUCGAUCCGGUCUCCACACGAGAGCUUAUUCUAGCACUUGCCAUCGCCGCGUGAUGCGCGGUUGUGUCCAGGUCGCCGUCUUAUGUGCUGACGGUCGGAAGAAGUUAUUGGUAAGGAGAAGGCGAUGUUUUAAUGCUGCUUUACAGGAGAUGGAGGCCGUUGUCGUUGCAGCUGCUAAAUCCGUGCGUACAAAGCACUUCCCUGCAUGUCCCCCAUUCCGUCCCGACGCCGACAUUGAAAUCACUACGGACAGCAAACUUGUUCAUCUUCGGCCCAUUCUCCAGGGGUACAUUUUAGUCUCCAUACAACUUGCUUUUUGUUUCAUCAGAGUUGGUAAUUGGGGAUAGCUGGGUGUGCACACUGGCGAUGACGGCGACCAAUUUGGCUGCCCGAUGAGGCAGGCGCAAGCUCAUGUGUCGGUCGUUUGCAUCCUGUGAUGGACAGGCCAGUCUUCCCACGAUGUCGCGCCAGAUGACGAAAACGACAUAAGUGUCACACCUCCGUGCACUUUGGCGGCCGCUCUAGAAGGUGCGGCCGACACAUACCUACUCCAGUUGGUCCUGUUCUGCGAAGUGGUUUUGUCUGAGAGCAGUGCUACUCCCUUUGUAAUCUACCCGUUGUCGCAUGACUGACGUCGUUUUACCUUCCGACAGACUGCUGCUUCGAUUAUCUAAAUGGGAAAGAAAAUUUCAGGCGGCCACACUAGGUGGGCUCACUCUGACAUCCGGGGCGGACGGAUACGUGCAUGGGUUGUUGUUUGCCUGAUACUUUCGACCAAGAAUUGUCCAGCUGCGACCCACGGUCUGCGUGCAGAUGGCGGGAUCGCUUCAUUUGUUUAGGGCACCUUUUCUGCCCCAUUUCUACAUGAGAGAGUAAGAAGUGCUGAUGUUGAAUACGGCUGCCAAAACGUCCCAGACGGCUACCGAACUCCUCUGAGAAUCAAAUUUUAAUGUUAGUGUGAGACUGACCUUAUCUAAGCUGAAGCGUCUAUUGGAUCACGUCGCCGGUUGGUUUUGACUUCUGUGUGGUCGUAGCUAUGGAAAUAUCUUUUCUCUUGAUUUGGUUCCGAAGCAUGCAUCGACAGACAGGGUAAUAAGGACAUCAAUUCUAUGACAGUAGCUUUUAUUGUGACGUCGGGCUACGCGGUCUUAUUGACAAAACAUGAUAAUAGAUUCGGGCAGGAAUACGAAACGUCAGGCUAGUAAAUCUGUUGUCCCGGCGAUCGUGUCUUCUUCUUCUUCUUCUUCUUCUUCUUCUUCUUCUUUCUCUUCUCCUUCUUCAAGACACGCAUUCCUUUAAUACCGGGGCGGUAAUAUUGAAUUCGUGGGUGGGACAAACGAAAAUGACGAACAACUGUUUUCUGGAAGUAAAAAAUUACUUAUGUAACUAUCUUUACUUAGAUACACAGAUAAGGCAUAAAAAGUCGACGCGCGCUCUGAACUACUGGAAGAAAGGAGCUAUGAACGGGCGGAAAAGUAAAAACCGAGGCAAUAUUUUUAGAUAUUCGAGGUCAAGGGAUCCCAGCCGGUGAGGACCAAUCACACCAAGGAUAAAGCAUGCUAAAUCUCUUGCUCUGACGGUAACCUUUAGACCUAGCCCCAAACUCAAACCCUAACCCUAACGCACAGCUUUGCUAAUAGCAUUUGAGGCAGGUGAAGGGUAGGACGAUCCGAAGGAGAGGUUUCCAAUUAAGCCUACACAAAUGAAGUGAGUGGAUAUUUCGCGGGAGUAAAGACUGGGUAGGGACACAUAUUCAAUUGUCAUCUACUUUAAUUCUGUUCAAUAAAUGUCUUUAUCGGAACGCUGGAUUAUUGCUUCAAGUAAUUAACUGCUAACAGAGACGGCUUUGUGGGAGAUAGGAUGACUGCUCCCAAAAUGCAUGUAGCCUUUUAAUAAACUGAAGCCUGAGGCGCUCUCUCCGUGUUUCUGUGUACAGGGCCAUCCAGAAAUGCAGUUGCCUGCUAACCCCUGUUUUACAGGCAAACCAUCUUCCUGGAAAAGUGUAGUUUUGGUUAAAUAUGGCAUAAUUCUAACUGAUCCUUCUUGGAAACAAUAAAUAUUUCGUUAAUGUGGCACAGUCAAAAUUUCAAGUCAGCUGCGUGGAGGGAGCCAGCAUUCAAUAUUCGCAUUACAGCUUUUGCUGUAAGAACGCUUUUGGCGAACGGGAUUAAUUUGUAGUUUUUGUUCUUCACAAUUCCUGCGUGUCAAGUCAGUCAGUGUUUUAAAAUCAUAAUUCACAGAUCUUAGUCGGCGCUACAAAAUCGACGAACUCAAAUCGAGAGUACCAGAACAAAUCCCCGACGUCAUCGCCAUAACGGAAACUUGGCUUAAUGUCGAAAUCAUGGAUGCUAAGAUUUCGAUACCGGGUUACCAGCUGUUUCGUAGAGACCGUCAAAAUAGGCAGGGCGGAGGGGUAGUCGUAUAUGUAAGGGAAGGAAUUUCAGCAGUUGAAAGAGCCCACACCCUAUCCCUUGAAUAUGAAUCCGUAUGCAUAAAGAUAAAAAAGAGCAAUGCACAAAAUCUAGAAUUUCUGGCGAUUUACAGACCACCAAAUCUUUUGAGUGCAGCUGAUGAGUCGCUCCUUGGUUUAGUCAAAGACGUAGCUAGCCACCAAGACGUACUUAUUGCUGGGGAUUUCAACGCACCUGCAAUAGAGUGGGAAAAUAUGGCAGUUAAUGGUGGACCAGCCUCUUUCAGCAAUAAGCUACUGGACCUCACACUCGAUCUUCCUCUGGCGCAACAUGUGAAGGUACCAGAAAGAUUUCGAGAGAACCAGAGAGCAAAUUGUCUAGACCUAGUUUUCACUAAAGACUUCUGUAAUAUCGACGAAGUGUAUUCCAAUGCACCUCUCGGGAAAAGUGACCAUACCACGCUAUUAUGGGAUUACUCGCUCUUCUCUAAACGCCAGAAGAGAACAGAGGGCCAGCCUAAUAUAUGGAAGGCAGAUUUUAAUAUGAUGAAGAACGAAUUGCUGUCCGUGAUUUGGGACCAAAUAUUCAGGGGAGAUCCGUAGGACGACUGGAGAUCUUUUAAAUCGAUUUCACUCGAUCUGAUUAGGCGCUUUUGUCCACCUAAAGUACAAAAAAUAACUAGUCGACCAGCUUGGUUAACUAGGGACCUAAAUAAGCAGCUACGGAAGAAAAGCAAAAGAUGGAAAAUAUUCAGGGAAACUGCGUCACCAGCGCAUUUCGAAGAAUUUCGUCGUCAACGAAACGCCGUCAAAAAAUGUAUCCGUCAGGCACGGAAGGAGUAUGAAUCCAAAAUUAUACGACAGGCUGAACAGAAGCCUAAGAUUUUAUUUCACUAUCUGAACAGUAGACUGAAAAAAAGGACCCGGUCGCGGUGCUGAAGGAUGAUAAUGGUGUAGAGAUCAUUAAGAACAACGAGAAAGCCGAAUACUUAGGACAGUAUUUUGCCUCCGUUUUUACUAGAGAAACUGAGUUUCGCUGUCGCAGUUCCGGCAAUGCUCUUGAGACUGUUGGUCCCGUGCUUGACUCCAUACUCUUCCCGGCAGCUGCCGUGGAAAGGGAGCUGAAAAAUCUCAAAGAAGUAAAGUCCUCGGGUCCGGACAAUAUACCGGCCAAAUUCUUGAAGGAACUGGCGAAUGAACUUUCCAAACCACUGGCGCACAUCUUCCGCUCGUCAUUCGAAUUAGGGAGGUUGCCAUCGGAAUGGAAGACAGCAAAUAUCUUUCCGAUAUACAAGGGCGGGGCUCGCACUAAUGCUAACAAUUACCGGCCUGUUAGUCUAACCUGCAUCUGCUGUAAAAUAAUGGAGGUCAUAGUUAAGAAAGCAACUAUGGAGUUCCUGGAGCAGGGCCAUUUAAUCUCAGACCUGCAGCACGGCUUUAGACAGAACCGCUCGUGUCUUUCCAGUUUAUUGCUCUCGACGGAGCAAUGGACUCGCGCACUGGAUGAGGAUGGGAGGGUUGAUGUCAUAUACACAGACUUUAAGAAGGCGUUCGACAGCGUCCCACACAAACGCCUUAUCUACAAACUUUCUGAAAUUGGGAUAAGAGGAAAGCUGCUGACAUGGAUAACAGAUUUUCUUACCGGGAGAUCGCAAACCGUGUGCGUUGAGGCCUCAAGGUCAACUCCGACUCCCGUUUUAAGUGGUGUACCCCAGGGCUCCGUCUUAGGGCCGUUGCGAUUCCUGGUUUACAUUAACGACUGCGUCGACGACCUGAGAUGCAGCGCGAUCAUGUUUGCUGACGAUGUUAAGCUGUGGAGACCGAUCAGAUCUGAUGCAGACAGGUACGCGCUUCAAGACAGUCUCAACCGCCUAAACAGCUGAUCAGCUCGCUGGCUCCUCAAUUUUAAUGUGGACAAAUGUGUGGUCCUGAGACUCCGCACCAGACAGAACAGUAAGGAGGACGAUUCCUUUCAAUAUGUCCUUGGUGGUCAGUCCCUUUCAAAUGUUGUGGAACAGAAAGACCUGGGAGUCCUUAUGACCUCCUCGCUGAAACCAUCUUCACAGUGUCAAAGGGCAGCCAAAAGUGCGAUAAGGGUGUUAUUUGCGCUGAGGCGAGGAUUUGUGCAGAUCGACAAGGAGCUGUUCGGAAAACCUAUGGGGCAUUUGUCCGGUAUCACUUAGAGUAUGCAGUCCAGGCCUGGCGGCCGUGGUUAAAGAAAGAUUAUUAACGACUGGAAAGAGUACAGGCGAUGGCUACGAAGAUGGUCAAGAAUCUUCAUCAUUUGCCUUACGAAACCAGGCUGACUGAACUCAAUCUGUUUCCUCUAAAUUACAGGCAACUGCGCGGCGAUCUCAUUCAAACCUACAGGAUUGUCAGAAGCCGUGAGUGUGCCCUAGAUUUUGAUGACUUCUUUGAAUUGGCCCGGACUGACCGUCUGCGUGGUCAUCCGUUCAAACUGCAAAGGAAGCGGGCUCAUUCGGACGUCCGACGGAACGCCUUCUCACACAGGGUCAUCGGGGCAUGGAAUGGACUCCCUGAUGCCGUCGUUCUUUCAGAAAGUGUUAAAUCCUUUAAGUGCAGACUGGAUGCUCACUUGUUGAGAACCUACUGUACAUACAAUCAUGAUUGUUUUAGCGGCGGCAGUUUACGCCUGCCUCACAGUUACCGCUAACUUCUUAACGUUUCGCAUUUGCUGAUGUAAUUGAUGACUUUAUUUCUGUUUAUCGACAUUAAUAGGGUGCUCAAGGGCGAAAGCCUCAUUCCCUUAAUAAACUGACUUAAACUGACUUACAUGUGACUUACGCAUUUCGGAAAGCUGGCUUGUGACAGUCUGACCGUUGAUACCGACGAUGUCCACCGUGUGGUGCACAACUAGGUGCAGCAGGAACGGCUACUUGCACGUGAAUUAGUUUAAAGUAAUAGUAGACUUUCGCAGCGUCUACAGCACCCUAUCUUCCCCAUUCCUUCACCUGAACACGGUGUCAUGACAGCGUCAAAAAGACCAAGGAUGAGGAGGGCGUAGGUGGCUGACACGGUCGGGCACGCACGUCGGCGUGCCUUCACACCUCUUGGUACACAAUAUACACUUGACCAGGAUUUUUCACUAAAACAGCACCACAAUUAGUCAGAUAGACGUCAAGAAUGACUGGGCAGCCAUGCACACCACAUCUAUACCAUGCGGCAGCGCAAGCACAUCUACUGGCAGGAACCACGUGUCAGGCUAUUGCCAGCGCAAAAAAAGGCCACGAGGGCCAUGAUUUUCUGAGACUGGCAUAACAUACGAUGUCUGACCUUUUGACCUAGCUGCCUUGUACAUACGCAGUCACGAAUUCCAAGAUCGCGGUUCAUGGUUAGAUAAUCCUGUCGGACUGCUAGACCCUUCCAUAAUGUAGACCGGCAGUGGUUUAAAGUAGACCGAUCGGAGGCAGUGGGCAAAAACCGGUGAAUAUAAGGGUAUUCUAAAUGUAAUUACGUUUUAACACAACUGCGAAAUAUAAGUCAGUCAACUUUCCUAUCACUAAUAGCUCUUUUGAUCCACUACUUUUCACCCCGAUCCAUGUGUGUCUCCUGUUCAGUCAUACCCUCUGCAGCGUAUCCUGCCCGGUCCGUCUGGACAUCAUGCCACAAACGCGUGGCAAGCGAACGAUCAAGGUCAUGGCCGCUGUUCACAGCUUCUUUGUGCUGAUUGGCCACCCAUCAGCCUAUGACAGUUCCCCUUGCCAUAUAACCGGCCGUUUCCACAAGCCUCCUCACUUGCGCUGUUUAUCGUACUCAGUGCACGUCCUAUUUCAAAUGAAUCUUCUGUUCUGCAUACAUAACAUUAGCGACGCAGCCUAACGAACAUGGCUUCAUUGCCGCCUACACCGUUACCUUUCUGGCCAACGAACACCAAUAGGCCCCCAAGUGACUCGUGUUUGUAAUGGAAGAAGACAUUUGAGGAUUAUAUUGAACUACUACCGAUUUUGUCACCCACGAUUGUACAAGACGUCCCAUCUAAGUUAAAACUCCUCCAGACGAAUCUCGGAGACUUGGGACAACGAUAUUUCGAUGCCCUCAAUCUACAAAAGGCUAUAGAUCUCCAAACAGCCUUCACAAAACUCGAGUCAGCGUGGGGAGGAAAAGACAACGUCUUUCUCAGUCGCUAUCGGUUUUGUCAAAUGCGUCAAGAAUCCAAUCAAUGUGUCAGUGAUUUUAUUUCUAAUCUGACUCUGGCCAUCCAGGACUGUGGGUAUAAAGAGAUCAAGGCAGACAACUUUGAGCACGCAAUGCUCGUUCAGCAGUUGAUCGUCGGUCUUCGCGAUGAAAAGGCUCGGGAAAAUCUCUUAUCAGAGAAGAAGGAUUUGUCAUGGGAUAAAGCCUGUGAUAUAGCCAGUCAUCGGGAGCGCGUGCGACAAAACCUUCAGCAGCUAAAUCAGUCAAACGAUGGAGUGAUAGCAUCCUUGGAAUCUGAAAUGGCUGUCUUCUUAGUCAACGCUGCUGUGUCUUCACCUAGACAGUGA